AAAUACAAGCCGAACAAGCUCUCGAAAUUCGAAAAAGCAGAGUCGCAUUAUCAUCUUGAAGGUCACGAGUAGGGAAUCGCAUUCAAUUCUCUCGAAUUAUAGGAAGAAAGAGCUAAAGAGGGGGUGCCUCGAGCAAUGGAGGCUCUGAGCGAGAGAGCUGGAUUCAUAAGAGACUCGCUGCGCAAGAGCCAGACCAUCACCGAUAAUAUGGUUUCCAUUCUCGGCUCCUUUGACCACCGCCUCUCUGCUCUCGAGACCGCCAUGCGCCCUACUCAGAUAAGGACGAAUUCGAUUAGGAGAGCCCACGAGAAUAUUGAUAAGACGUUGAAGGCUGCAGAGGUUAUUUUGGCUCAAUUCGACCUCACAAGAAAGGCAGAGGCUAAGAUUCUAAAAGGGCCACAUGAGGACCUUGAAAGCUACUUGGAAGCAAUAGACCAACUAAGAGCCAAUGUUAAGUUUUUCAGCAGCAACAAAGGUUUUAAGAGUAGUGAUGGAGUGCUUAACCAUGCCAAUAACUUACUUGCAAAAGCUAUCUCAAAGCUAGAGGAUGAGUUUAGACAGCUCUUGACAAUUUACAGCAAGCCUGUGGAACCUGAUCGUCUUUAUGAUUGCCUUCCCAACUCUUUACGACCAUCAUCCACAUCAAAUGGGGGACAAGGUGAUGCUGGGGGGAAGAGCCAUUCUGAGCACCAGAAGAACUUAGAAACAGCUGUUUAUACACCUCUGACUCUAAUUCCUCCUAGGGUUCUGCCCUUGCUGCAUGAUUUAGCACAACAGAUGGUUCAAGCUGGCCAUCAGCAGCAGCUAUUUAGAAUAUACAGGGAUACCCGUGCGUCAGUUUUGGAACAGAGCCUCAAGAAACUGGGUGUGGAGAGACUUAGCAAAGAUGAUCUUCAGAAAAUGCAAUGGGAGGUUUUGGAGGCCAAAAUUGGGAAUUGGAUACACUAUAUGCGGAUUUCUGUCAAGCUGCUGUUUUCCGGGGAGAAGACAAUAUGUGAUCAAAUACUAGAUGGUUUUGAUUCUUUGAGGGAUCAAUGCUUUGCCGAAGUCACUGCAAACAGUGUGGCUGUGCUCCUUAGUUUUGGGGAGGCUAUUGCCAAAAGCAAGAGGUCUCCUGAAAAAUUAUUUGUUCUAUUGGACAUGUAUGAGAUACUGCGAGAACUUCAAUCAGAGAUUGAAGUACUAUUUCAAACCAAAGCUUGCCUUGAAAUGAGAGAGUCUGCAUUGAGUUUAACAAGACGGCUGGCUCAGACAGCACAAGAGACCUUUGGAGAUUUUGAGGAAGCUGUCGAAAAAGAUGCCACCAAAACUGCUGUCCAAGAUGGAACUGUUCAUCCUUUGACCAGCUAUGUGAUAAAUUAUGUGAAGUUUCUCUUUGACUACCAAUCAACACUGAAGCAACUCUUCCAAGAAUUUGACGAAAGUGAUCCGGAUGCACAGUUAGCAACUGUAACAACAAGGAUUAUGCAUGCUCUGCAGAAUAACUUGGAUGGGAAAUCCAAGCAGUACAAAGAUCCUGCAUUGACUCAGUUAUUCCUUAUGAACAACAUUCACUAUAUAGUGAGAACUGUGCGAAGGUCUGAAGCAAAGGAUUUAUUAGGGGAUGACUGGGUUCAAAUACACAGAAGGAUUGUGCAGCAGCAUGCAAAUCAUUAUAAGCGAGUUUCCUGGGCAAAGAUUCUGCAGUGUCUCACCGUUCAGGGACCUGGGUCGUCAGGUGGUAGUGCAACGGGAGGUGAUGCUAGUGGCAGUGUGCUCUCAAGAACAACGGUGAAAGAUAGAUUUAAAACUUUCAACGUUCAAUUUGAGGAGCUUCACCAAAGGCAAUCUCAGUGGACCGUACCAGAUAGUGAGUUACGUGAGUCUUUGAGACUGGCUGUCGCUGAAAUCCUCUUGCCUGCCUAUAGAUCUUUCAUGAAACGAUUCGGGCAAGUUCACCUAUACCUCUGACCUGCCUCUGAUAGAGAAUGGGAAGAACCCGCAGAAGUACAUCAGAUAUACUCCAGAGGAUCUGGAGCCUAUUCUGAAUGAAUUCUUUGAGGGGAAGACUUGGAAUGAACAGAAACGGUAAAUAUUUUUGUAAGGUUAAGGUUGUUUUCUCAGAGAUUUGAAAGUUGACAUACAUGGUAUCAAUGUAUGUAUUUCAUUGUACAAUAAUACGCAGGUGAGUAUUCAUUCAUCCACCACAUGAGUCUUGCAUAAACAUCUUCCAGAUACUGAACAUUUUUUUAAAUUUUUUUUUGAAUUUUAUUUGUAUGUGGAUUAGACCCGAACUCUUGAGCUUU